AUGGGAAUGAAGAUAAACGUCAAAAUAAAAAUGUCAAAUAAGAAAAUUCUGCAACCAAGGUCUUUUACACUGCAUGCAUCACAACUGUUUGAAACGGGGAAGGAUGGAAUAUAUGCAUGCUUCAAGUGUCAGCCACUAGUGCCUGAGAUAACUAUUGGGGAGAAUGGCACGGAUCAAACAGUACCACAGACAUCUAGCAACACCGAAGAGGAAAGCAAUGAAUCAUCAUUGUAUUGUGGCCUCUGCCACAAGUCUUUUCAGAAGAACAUGCAGCUACAGAACCACUUGCGCAACCAUCGUGCCGAGAGACGCUUUGUCUGCACUUACUGCAAUAAAGCAUUCUCCCAGUCGAACAACUUACGGGCGCACCUUCGUAUCCACACGAACGAGCGACCCUUUAAAUGUUCUGAAUGUGGGAAGGCUUUCACUCAGGUUACGAAUCUGAACAACCAUGUGAGAUUGCAUACUGGCGAGCGACCGUUUGUGUGCCCAGAACCUGGAUGCAAUAAGGCGUAUGCGCAGGUAACAAAUCUGAACCAGCAUCGCAAGCGUCACCUGAACGGUCGUCCAGUGGAGGCCACGUACGACUGCACCGUCUGUGGGGAGCAGUUCCAACAACGUAACCAUAUGUAUAUGCACAGACGCGAGGUGCACUCCGAGCUGAAGAGUCCGGGUCGCAGUGAGUCCCGGCGUGCGAGCUGUACUGUCUGCGGACUGAGCUUCGCCAACCACAGUCUGCUACAGAGACACGUGACACAGCAUCAUAACACUAGCGCGGACACUGACGACCAUGACAAGACGGAGUACUCGUGCGUGUUCUCGUCGUGCGGCGCGCGCCUGCCGUCGGCGCGCGAGCACACGGAGCACCUGCUGCGCCAGCACCAGCUGCGGGUCCUGUCGCACUCCACGCACCCGCCGCGCAGGGGACGCCCGCCUAAGAUGAUGAAAGACCCGUUGGAAAUAAAAGAGGAAGAUUACCAUGAAGUAAAAAUAAGGAAAUCCUCCCAGCCGCAAUACUUGCCCAAGUUAAAAGUGCAGAGUUUAUUCCAGUGA